UACGAGAAAAUGUCCAGCCCUCCCGUGGGUAUAAACAGGAGCUGGUUCAGAUAUUUCCAGUUCGAAGAAAGCAAGGACUCCCCAACCCAAGCACGGAAUGAUCUUCUCGUAGUGUUCGCUCUAAUCGCUACGGUAACAUUUCAAGCAGGAGUCACUCCUCCAGGAGGGGUCUGGCAAGAUGAUGGGAAUGGAAGCGACCGUGCAGGAAGAGCCAUCUAUGCAUCUCAGCCAGGAGCGUUUUAUGUUUUCUUGAUAUCCAACACCAUAGCUUUUGCCACGUCGAUAUUCGUUAUCGUCUCCCUCACCCACAGGUUCCCUUUCCAACUUGAGAUACGGGUUGCUGCUGCUUCCAUGCUCGCGACUUAUACUUCUGCGAUCUUCGCUAUCACCCCCGAAGAAGUGCAUUUCCGCUACGUUUUGAUUGCAGUCGUAGUGCCGUUUGUGCUGAGGGUUUUGGUUCUUAUGUUCACCAAGUUUACAAGCAGAUCACGACCAAAUCCAUUUCAAAAUGUAGAACUCGAAAUUCCUAACGUGGAAACAUCAAGUUCAUAUAUUGAGAGUAGCAGAUAAUGUUUGUGAAAAGUAAUUCAAUGUUUAAUAUUUCUAUAUAUAUAGAACAAGGAAAAAACAACCCUAAAGCAAUAUUUUAGAAAUAAAAGUUUUAAGAGUUAUUCAUUUUAAGAUUUUUUUAAAUAUAAAAAGACAUACAUUAAUUACUGAAUCAUGAUACAAAAUUAUUAAUUAUUAUUCUUUUAAAUUAAUUGUCUCAUCUAUUCA